CAUUUCCCAAUUUCCUUGGGUCGUCUUCAUAAGCCCUAACCUACCUCCGUCUCACAGAGACGUCUAAAUUAGGGCUUGGCAACGGUGAUUUGAAUUUUUCCUCUAAUUUGUUCUUAUUCAAUACUCUCCCAAUAUAUUCAUUGUAUUCUCCAUCUAUGUUUCACUGAAAAAACAAAAGCUUCAAAAUUCUAUCAGAUUUUCUUCUAUGAGCUUGAGGCUAUUGAACAGUCCCAAAUCCCAGUUCCCAAUUUCCCUUGGUCCCCUCCAUAAACCCCAGAGACCUAACUCCGUCUCGCAGAGACCCACGCCUAUAAUCUGUUCAACUCGCUUGACUUAAUUGUAACGCUGAUUUCACUUUCCAGCUUUUCAGAUGGCAUUGGUUGUGAUUUGUGGGCAACCAUGCAGUGGGAAAUCAAAAGCGGCUUUCUGCUUAGCCGAGGCUCUUAAAGAAUCAGAAUCGAAGCAAACUGUUAAAAUCAUCGACGAGACUUCCUUUCAUCUUGAUCGAAACCAGAACUAUGCUAAUAUGCCGGCGGAGAAGAACUUGCGUGGUGUUUUGAGAUCGGAGGUGGAUCGAUCUUUGUCCAAAGACAACAUCGUAAUAGUCGAUGCCUUGAACAGCAUAAAAGGUUACAGGUACGAGCUAUGGUGUUUGGCUCGUGCCGCGGGAAUCCGAUACUGCGUUUUGUUUUGUGAUGUUGAAGAAACCCAUUGUAGGAAAUGGAACGAAGAACGCAGAGAGAAAGGUGAAGCUGCUUAUGCAGACAACAUAUUUGAUGAUUUGUUGAGGAGGUUUGAGAGACCCGAUAGAAGAAACCGAUGGGACUCUCCACUGUUUGAGAUUUUUCCUCAAAGAGAUGGGAUUGAGAAAUCUUCUACUGCUAUAUCCGAUGCUGUUUCGUAUUUGACAAAGAAGGUGGAUUCGAAAUCAAGGGAUGUUAAGAUUCUUCAGCCUACCAUUGCAACACAGAGUGUGAGGUUUUCUGAGGCCAAUUCUCUGUAUGAACUGGACAGAGCAACGCAGGAGGUGAUGAAUGCUUUGGUUGAGGCACAGUCUCAGGCACUUGGUGGUCCUCUAAAUGGUGUUUCUCUUGGUCAAGGUUUGCCAAUUCUCAACCUUUCGAGGUCCGUUGGGCUUCCUGAGCUUCGUAGGCUGCGGAGAACUUUCAUAAAGUUAACAGGGCAAACCAGUUUGAGUGGCCCUCCACCACCUUCGGAUGCAGAAAGUGCAAAGAGGAUGUUUGUGGAUUACUUGAACAGGGAAUUGGAAACCCAUUGAAGGAGACAACUGAUGGAUGAAAAUGGUGUAAGAAAAGUUUUCUUUUAGUAAGAUUUGGUGAGUUGAGAUUUGUCAUCUGGGUUUAGUUAAACUAAGAUUCUUUGUACCAAUAAAUUUUUUUUUAUUAUUAUGUGGGAAAAAUUGUUGAGUUUUUUUACCAAUAGAUUCAAGAAAAACUCUCUUUUCAAA